AUCAGCGGAGAUUUCCCCAGUCCGAUGACCACCAACUGGAUCCACCAUCAUCGGACCCUGGGGAAUUCAACAUAACAUCGUCUUGCGCUGUGGGAUUGCUAGUAUUUGGGUAUUUGGGCCGAAUGGGCGAACCCCCUGGUUGUUGAGCUAGGAACGUGCGAAGGAACAUACAGAGAGCCUGGGACUCCGAAGCACCACUCGAGCUUGGAAGCGCAUUCUGUCCAUGUGAAAUCAUGCCCGCUGAAGGUGUCACUGUCGGCGCCACCUCCGACCAGACUGCUUCGUCGACACCCGCCUUAUCGACUACGCCGCAGCCUAAUGUCACGGGCGCAACCUCCUCGAACGAUGCUGGCAACGAGAAGGAGGGUAUAAACGUGCAGGAAGGGACAGGGUCGAAGUCAACAUCGGAUACAAAAGCGGAGGAAUCAAAAGAUGCUCCGGAAGAGCUGGAUGACUUUGGUCUUCCGAUUCGACCGCGAUCAAGGCCCGACCUCUCUGAAACCGAUGAACCCGAAGAUAAAGCUGCCAGUUCGACAGAAACACAAGACGUGAAGGAGAAGGUUGUGGAAGUGAACCAGGAAGCUUCCAAGAGCAAAUCAGAGCAAGAGACCGAGACUGUUGAGAAAGAGUCAGACAAGGAAUCGGCACAGGAUGACAAAAAGGCCGAUUCCAAAGAGCACGAUGCUGCGUCCAAUGAGGAGCCUCACGAUGAAACUUUCGCACCUCCACCUCCCUACCGCAAGUCAAUCUCGAAAUCAAAAGACACGCAACCCUCGGAAUGGUCGCACCAACGUAUGACACAACCGCAAAAUGAUGUCGAAGAAAGCGAAGAAGAGGAAGACGAGUGGAAGGCAAUGCCUGCUCUUGGAGAGAUGGACUACUAUGAUGAUUACGGAAGGCUCAUCGCUCGCGGCGAUAAAGAAGAAGAUGACGAAGCCGUGUAUAGUGGAUUGGGUGGUGCUGGGAAAGGAUACACUCGAGUUCAGCUUGACGAAGAUGCUCAAUCUGCCACCAGCAUGGAUGAGGAUACAAGCUAUCUUUUCCGCGAGGCGGCUGGAAACUCCGCGGGCUUUGUCGGCGAAGAGCUCAGGGACACUGUCAGCCAGCUCCAGGCUACGAAGGACCUUCUAAACGAGACACAAAAGAUCGCUUACGUGGGUGUGGUCCGCCUUACAAUCCAUGAGAUGAACCUGGAGCUUGGCAAGUUACCCACGACCAAGGCAUCCCGCAAGGUGAUCCUAAAAGCCCAAGAUGCCCAGAGGAAGUGGGGCCAAACGAUGAUGGGGCGGUUAUAUAUGCACAUGGAUAUCAGCCCUGCCGAGCAAAUCAUGAUCGAGCAGCUUGCUGAACAUGGGGUGCAACCGGGAGAUCUGGUUCGUCCGCUUAUGCAGAAUGCACGUGUAAAAAACCCCAUGGCUGAGGACGACCCGAAAACGUCAAUAUCUUCCAUCUCAUCUCCGACCCUGGGUAAUGGCCCCCGAUCCCGGGUGUCUACAGAGACUGAGACCUCUGACCUUGGCUCUCCGCCGCCCUACGAAGCUCAUGCGAAUGAUGAAGACGUUCCAGAAGUCCACACUCCCUCUCAACUGCCGACAUCUGCGAAGAUCGACAUCGACCUUCGAUGGACGGUUCUCUGCGAUCUUUUCCUCUUGUUGAUUGCCGACUCGGCCUAUGAUUCCCGAUCUCGGACGUUGCUCGAAAGAGUUGGAGCGAGUAUGGAUGUGACCUGGUUGCAAAUCUCUCGAUUCGAGAAGCGUGUCACGGACGCUCUGGAAAUGCAAGAAGAAGCCGAGAAAGAGACCUGGGAUGAAUCGGAUCACAUGGAAAAGCGUCGAAAGGCCAAUCUAAAGCAGAAGUAUAUGAUUAUGGGCCUUGCAACAGUCGGUGGCGGUCUCGUCAUUGGUCUCUCGGCGGGGCUUUUAGCUCCUGUUAUCGGAGCUGGUCUUGCUGCUGGUCUCACUACCGUUGGCCUUUCCGGUACAAGUGCAUUCUUGGGUGGAGUUGGCGGUACUGCGCUGAUUGCCUCGAGCGCUACUCUCGGUGGAAGCGCUAUCGGUAUGAAGGCUUCCCAUCGGCGGAUGGGUGCGGUCCAAACAUUCGAAUAUCGACCCCUUCACAACAAUAAAAAGUUGAAUUUGAUCGUGACUGUCUCUGGCUGGAUGACCGGUAAAGUCGAUGACGUCCGAUUGCCUUACAGUACCGUGGACCCUAUCAUGGGUGAUAUAUACUCGGUUCUCUGGGAGCCCGAGAUGUUGCGCAGCAUGGGUGACACGAUCAAUAUUCUUGCGACAGAGGCGCUUACGCAAGGCUUACAGCAAGUCCUGGGUAGCACUAUAUUGAUGGCUCUUAUGGCCUCGCUGCAACUCCCACUCGUUCUCACCAAGCUUGCCUAUCUUAUUGACAAUCCUUGGAAUGUGUCGCUGGCUCGUGCCAACGCAGCAGGUUUGGUCCUGGCCGACUCCUUGCAGGAUCGCAAUCUUGGCAAUCGCCCCGUUACGUUGAUGGGUUUCUCUCUGGGUGCACGUGUCAUCUUUUCCUGCCUCAAGGAGCUAGCUGCCAAGGGUGCUCAUGGGCUCAUUCAGAAUGUCUACCUUUUCGGCUCCCCAGUCGUAGCCAGCAAGGAUGAAUACCUCAAGGCCCGCAGCGUAGUCUCUGGCCGGUUUGUCAACGGAUACUCCAAAAAUGACUGGAUUUUGGGAUACCUCUUCCGAGCAACGAGUGGUGGUAUCAUGCGUGUGUCUGGACUGGCACCCAUUGAAGGAAUUCCAGGUCUGGAGAAUGUCGACCUGACUGAAACGGUCAACGGUCACAUGGACUACCGUGCCGCGAUGCCUCGUAUCCUCAGGCAGGUUGGAUGGGAGGUUCUCGAAGACGAAUUCGCAGAAAUCGAGGACCCCGAUCCAGACAACCAUGCUGAACGACAACGGGAGCUUAUUCGCGAGAUUGACGAGGCUCGUCGGAAUGCCGAGUUGAAGCCGGAAAAGAAGCGCUUUGGCCUGUUCAAGCGUGGCAAGAUGGCAGAGAAGAAAACAUGGGAGACGUAUGAUGUUGAUCGCAACUCUUCACCUCACAACCCUGCCGAGCCAAACAGUGCCCCAGGUUCCAUUCUCUUCGACAUUGAAGCCAUUCGUGCUGAAUUGGCCUCUGAAGCGAUCGAAGUCAAGCAACUGGAAUCUACACUUCCCCCAAUGAAGCUAGAUCUAAACCGUCCUCCCGAGCAAGCGUGCACUCAACCAGUGACGCCGAUUGAGAGAAGUCAAACGCCAAAGGCGCCCGAGGUGCCAGCUCUGCCUCGCACAGCGUCAGAGCCGCAGCUCCCGACGGAAAAUCACCCUACUCGCGCCACGACUAAUCCUGUGCCUUCACACAAGGAAGUGCCAAUUGAAAUGACCUUUGAUACGCCUUCGCGACCCGAAUUGCAGUCUUCAUCUAUCAUGCCGUUAGGCAUUGGCGCUACUGCACUCGGAGCCAUGGCCAUGGAACACAAUGCCUGGGCCGAUGGACAUGAUGAUGGCGAGAUCCAGAUGACUUUUGAAUAAUGACGGGGAUACUCGGUUCUUUUUAUAUCAGCUCUUCCCCUUUUGCUUGAAGACUUCCGUAGCCUUUACUGGGAUUCUAGAAGGAGCAUCGCUCUGCAUCGGCGUUUGGGAGAUUCAAUGUGUAUAUGUCUGUAAGGCUGUCAUGUAUAGUGACAAUGAGCGAAAAUAAAUAGGCAGCUUUGAUUCGAUGUCUG